AGCACUGUCAUCUUCAUUAUGUUCUUUGAUUUGAAGUAUUAUAUUUUUGCUAAAAUGCCUUCAGGUUUAUUCUUCACGUUUGCCGUUCUGGUUCCAACAUAUUAAUUUAUUUUAUCAUCGGGGAAUUCAGAUGACUUGUUUUAAAUUCGAGAUAAAUAGGCCUAGAAAACAGUACAUGCCGUUGCUAAAAUUCUCCUUAAGCAUAAAUAUAUAAUUCUGCUUUGUAAUUCAUGAUUUACACUCAGAGGGCCGCUGUUCGUCGACAAAUGGAGGAGAAACUGUGUAUUUUACAGAUCCACCCCCAGCAUCACAUAAUAUCAGAGAGAAAGAAAAGCUACCGUCUCAGAUAUUAUUUUCUUGCACAGAUUCACAUCAUAUAUUUAGAAAAAACGUUGUCGAGUACAUCCAUAAUUCAAGUCAAUACAAUUUUUUUUUUCUUUGUAUUGGCUUAAAGGAUAUACUGAUAAAUUGUUGUUUCUUAAUCGAUCUUCGGUGCGAUUAAGACAAUGCCUGAUGCAAUGAUAAUACGCUCGGUGCUGUUUUUGACUCUUCUGGUUCACAUAGCGCGAGGACAAGUCAGUUACUCGAUUCCUGAAGAAAUGGAAAAAGGGUCGAUGGUGGGAAACAUUGCGCAGGAUUUGGGCUUGGAUUUACAACGAUUAAAGUCAGGAAAAGCGAGAAUUUAUUCAAGAGACAGUACGGAAUACAUUGAACUGAACAGAAACACUGGAUCCCUGCUUAUAAGAGAGAAAAUGGACCGCGAGUCUCUUUGUGCAAAAACGACUCCAUGUGCGGUGCAUCUUCAAAUGAUUUUGGACAACCCGAUGGAAUUCUACACGAUUACAAUAGAAAUCACGGAUAUCAAUGAUAACGCUCCUAGUUUCCAGAGAAAUGAAUUUAGGUUUGAGAUCAGCGAAUCGGCGGCUGCGGGUGCUGGUUUUAUGCUCGGCAGAGCUCUCGAUCCAGAUGUAGGAACAAAUGCUCUACAGAGCUACUCGCUGAAACCGACUGAUAAAUUUAGACUUGAACUGCACAAUCAGGCAGAUGGUAGUAAAAACGUCGAGAUGAUUUUACAAAGGCCACUUGAUAGAGAAACGCAAAGCUCAUUUACUUUGUUGUUAGAAGCGUUUGAUGGAGGUAAUCCUGUGCUCUCUGGAACCGUUCAGAUACACAUCACUGUGUUAGAUAUUAAUGAUAAUGCUCCUGUUUUUAUGCAAAAGGUAUAUAAAACCACAAUAUCAGAAAACGCACCGAAAGGUACGAUAUUAACAGUGGUGAGCGCGUCUGAUGCAGACGAAGGAUCCAACAGUGUAGUGACGUACUACAUAUCUGACACAGUGGAGAAAAAUGUGGCUGAAAUAUUCUUAAUCAAUGAAAAGAGUGGUGAACUAAUUUUAAAUGGUCAGGUUGACUAUGAAAAGGUGAGUCAUUAUGAAAUUAAUAUCCAGGCAAAAGAUCAAGGAGGACUGUCUAAUGCAUGUAAAGUCAUUGUCGAUGUUCUUGACAUUAAUGACAACUCGCCUAGUAUUAAUAUUGUGUCUAGUUCCCAUUCAAUAUCUGAGGGAUCAAAGUCUGGUACUGUUGUUUCAGUCCUAAAUGUUGAUGAUUUUGAUUCAGGUGUAAAUGGUCAGGUUCAGUGCGUCUUAAAUGAAGACAUUCCCUUUUGUAUUACUUCUCCAUCUAGCAAUUUCUUCAGCUUGCAAACAGAACAGGAAUUGGACAGAGAGAGAGAAGCUCAGUACAAUAUCAGUGUAAUAUGUACUGAUGAGGGAGUGCCAGCGCUCUCCAGCAGUGUCUCUCUCCGUGUGCAAAUAUCAGAUGUGAAUGACAAUGCUCCUAUCUUUGAGAAAAGUCACUAUGAGGCAUGUGUGCUGGAGAAUAACACACCUGGUCUCUCUAUAUUUACAAUUAAAGCCAGUGAUGCUGAUUUGAACCAGAAUGCCCGUGUUUCUUAUAUUCUAGAAGACAGCACUGUUAAUGGAGUCUCUGUCUCAUCAUAUGUGUCAAUUCAUCCUGACAGCGGACUGAUUACAGCUGUGCGCUCUUUCGACUAUGAACAACUCAAAGAUUUCCACUUCCGGGUAAAAGCGCAAGAUGGAGGCUCUCCUCCGCUCAGCAGUAACGUGACAGUGAAAAUAAUUGUUCAAGAUCAGAAUGAUAACGCUCCUCAGAUUCUGUAUCCAGUACAGACCAGUGCUUCUGUGGUGGCUGAGAUUGUGCCUCGUGCUGCAGAUGUUGGAUAUCUGGUCACUAAAGUGGUGGCUGUUGAUGUGGACUCUGGACAGAAUUCCUGGCUCUCCUAUAAACUACAGAAAGCUACAGACAGAGCGCUGUUUGAAGUGGGUUUACAGAAUGGAGAAAUAAGAACUGUGCGACAAGUAACUGAUCAAGAUGCUGUAAAACAAAAACUGACUGUUGUUGUGGAAGAUAAUGGACAGCCCUCUCGCUCAGCUGUGGUCUCCAUUAACGUGGCUGUGGCUGACAGCUUUCUUGAAGUGCUGUCAGAGUUCACAGACUUUACGCAUGAAAAACAGUACGACGGGAACCUGACAUUUUAUUUAGUUCUCGCACUGGCCGCUGUUUCUUUCUUAUUUAUCACAUGCGUGGUUGUCAUAAUAUCAGUAAAGAUCUACAGAUGGAGGCAAUCGCGCUUCUUAUAUCAGUCCAAUCUGCCUGUUAUACCGUACUAUCCACCGCAUUACGCUGACACAGGAGUCACCGGAACUCUGCCGCACGGUUAUAAUUAUGAAGUGUGCAUGACGACUGACUCGAGGAAGAGUGACUGUAAGUUUUUUACACUGGGUGGACAGAAUGCUUUAAUGGUGGAUCCGAGUUUCACUGAGACGAUGCAUCGCGCAAUGAAGAAAAAUAACGGUUUGGAAAGUGAGAGUUUGACAUCGGUAAGAACAAUGCUUUAUAAAGUACAAAAUAAACAAAAUCAAAAUUUUCAAUAAAAUGAGUAGACAAUAAUAAUUAAAAAAUAAAAAUAAAUAAAAAGAAUUUGACACGAUCUCUAUUUGUAAUCGUCAUGGUAAAAUACCAAUUUAGAUUACCUUCAGCACCACAUAUUGGACAGUGACAUAUGGACAGUGCACUUA